AUGAACAGAAUCGCGUUGCUAACUUUAUUUUCGCUUCUUUUGGUUUGGUCCAUUGAGGCAGCCAAUCCCUGCUGCUCUGAUCCGUGUCAAAACCGGGGAAUCUGCACUCCAAAAGGGGCAUCUUACGAGUGCGACUGUACGCGAACGGGAUAUUAUGGAGAGAACUGCACAACACCUGAAUUCUUCACAUGGGUGAAAGUUUCUUUGAAGCCGACCCCAAACACUGUACACUAUAUUCUCACCCACUUCAAGGGCCUGUGGAACAUAGUGAACAACAUCCCACUCUUGCGGGACGCCAUAAUGCGUUAUGUUUUAACAUCCCGGUCUCAUCUGAUUGAUAGUCCUCCGACAUACAAUUCAGAUUAUGGUUACAAGAGCUGGGAAGCAUACUCCAAUUUGUCCUACUACACCCGGACCCUCCCGCCUGUGCCUCAGGAUUGCCCAACGCCUAUGGGAGUUGUGGGUAAAAAAGAGCUGCCUGACGUGAAGGUGCUUGCAGAGAAGCUGCUGUUGAGGAGACAGUUCAUUCCUGAUCCACAGGGCUCUAGCCUCAUGUUUGCUUUUUUUGCCCAACAUUUUACACAUCAGUUCUUUAAAUCUGACAUGAAAAGGGGCCCUGCCUUCACCGUCGCCAAGAACCACGGGGUGGAUUUAAGCCACAUUUACGGAGAUGACCUGGAACGGCAACACAAGCUGAGGCUCUUCAAAGACGGCAAGCUUAGAUAUCAGGUAAUAGAUGGGGAAGUGUACCCCCCAACAGUCAGCCAAGUGCAGGUAAACAUGCACUACCCUCCCCAUGUGCCUGAAUCCGAUCGUUUAGCCGUGGGACAUGAAGCUUUCGGCCUCGUCCCUGGACUCAUGAUGUAUGCCACCAUCUGGUUGCGUGAACACAAUCGAGUGUGUGACAUCCUAAAAGAGGAGCAUCCUGACUGGGACGACGAAAGACUCUUCCAAACCACGCGACUCAUUCUCAUCGGCGAGACCAUCAAAAUCGUCAUUGAGGACUACGUGCAACACCUGAGCGGCUACAACUUCAAGCUCAAAUUCGACCCCGAGCUUCUCUUCAACCAGCGUUUCCAGUACCAGAAUCGGAUUUCCUCUGAGUUUAACACCCUUUAUCACUGGCACCCCCUCAUGCCUGAUGACUUCCACAUCCAGGACGAAGUCUACAGCUACAAACAGUUUGUUUUCAACACUUCCAUUCUGACUAACCAUGGCAUCAACAGUCUGGUAGAGUCCUUCACCAAGCAGGCUGCAGGCAGGGUUGCUGGCGGUCGUAACGUGGCACCCGCUGUGUUGAUGGUGGCUAUGAAAUCCAUUGAAAACAGCAGACUGAUGCGUUACCAGUCUCUCAACGCCUAUAGGAAACGUUUCAGCAUGAAGCCAUUCUCCUCCUUUGAGGAACUUACAGGAGAGAAAGAGAUGGCGGCAAUACUGGAGGAAUUGUACGGAGAUGUGGACGCUGUGGAGCUUUACACCGGUCUGCUGGUGGAGAAGCCGAGACCGAACGCCAUCUUCGGCGAGACCAUGGUGGAGAUGGGUGCUCCGUACUCCCUGAAAGGGCUCAUGGGAAAUCCCAUCUGCUCUCCCGAAUACUGGAAGCCCAGCACUUUUGGCGGGAAAGUUGGUUUUGACAUCGUAAACACUGCCUCCUUGCAGAAGCUGGUCUGUGUUAAUGUCAAAGGACCAUGUCCCGUGGCGUCCUUUCACGUACCUGAUUUAACAGAAGCAGGUCAUUUCACCAUCAAUUCCAGUACCGCUCACUCAAGUCCACGAGAAGUUAACCCAACAGUCAUUCUGAAAGAAAGGACUUCAGAGCUCUGA